GCUGCUGCCACUGCGGACUGCAUGCAACUGCAUGCAUUUAUUUUUUAAUGAGAUAAAUCGAGCACGGAAAUAAACUUGAGGUCAAGUUUCGGCUGUUCUUGAUAAUAACACGAGUGACAUGUAUGAAACAUUCGCUGAUGUCAUUAAUAAUCGAUGAUUAAGCCCGGAAGGAUCCCAAUGGAAAGCGCGCAAUGUAUUUCCAUAAAAUGGGUGGACACAUGUACGGGCUUUGAAAGCUGUCACUGGGCGCUACCAUUUAUUUUUUGUUUUUCGUCGAAUAUUCGAUAUUCUACUAUUCUCCGAAACGGAUAUCACGAUUUCUGAGAAUGGAGAAGAUAAUGCCUUAUCUGAAUCGAAAUCGAUUUUAACAGACAGUUGGAAAAGAGAAUAUAAUUAACAUUCUGUUUUGUAGGAUGAUGAGGUUGAAUUUUAAAACAGUAUUACUUGUGAUAGUAGUUGCAGUAUUAAGUUCAAUAUUAACAUCAUGGAACAAUUGUGGCAGUCCAUCAUUUUUCAAAAGUACUGACUGGAAGUCCAAAUUCCAGAAUAGAGACAAAUUGAAUGUGGAAACUGGAUAUCAAGAAAUAGACUGUCACAUAAAUGGAGAUUACUCCAUUGGAUGCCGCAAGGAAGGAGAUGAAGUUUAUAUACCGUUUUCAUUUAUUCAUAAAUACUUCGAGAUUUAUGGGAAGCUAGCGACUUACGAUGGCUUGGAAAGAUUUGAAUGGUUGCAUAGUUAUUCAAAAAUUGUCAAUCCCAAAGGGAAAUAUGAUCCCAGAGGAGUAUUCAUGACUUUCGAGAACUAUAACGUCGAAGUCCGCGAUCGCGUUAAAUGCAUUAGCGGGAAUGACGGAGUGCCGAUAUCUACUCAGUGGGAAAGUCAAGGAUAUUUUUAUCCUACUCAAAUUGCUCAAUUCGGGCUGUCGCAUUAUAGUAAAAAUUUAACGGAACCAGAACCUCGCAGGAAGAUCAUAGAAGAUUCGGAUAAAGUUAAAAGGGAAUGGAUUAUACUACAAGGAUCUAUCGCGAGCAGAGUGUACGAUAAACACGUCAACAGCCACGUGAUGAAAUUUGCGACGCCAGAAACAAGCACUUCCGGGAUCACUUUAAAAUUGGAUCACGUACUAGAUUUUGUAUUGAAAUGGGACUUCAACAUCAAGGACAAUGGGAGCAUUAUGGUCACGCUGCAAUCGAGGGAGAGGAAGGAAAUAUAUUAUCUUCAUUAUGUCAGUAGUAACGUAGUAUUGCACACGUACAACAAUCAUGUUUAUUACGGAAUUGGUCAAAUUAAUCACCAGUGGAGGAGAUUUACUAGAGACUUAGUGAUAGAUUUACAAAAAGGUUUAUACUUAAAUGAUAAAAAUAAGAAGAAACUGUCUCGUUCGAAAUUAAAGAUGGUGAAGAUAACAUUAUAUGGAUCUGGGAUGAUCGAUAAUGUAACAUUGUCGACGAGCGAACACAUGGAGCAGUUCUAUGAUGCAGCUAGAUGGUUCGUCGCUAACCAGAAUAUUAGCUCUGGUGGAUGGGCGAACCCUGUUAGAAGGAAAGUAGCACCCGGAAUGGCUACUCUUGAACCUGGAUGGUACUCUAGUAUGGGUCAAGGACAUGCUAUAUCUGUGUUAGCAAGAGCGUACUAUCAUUCCGGCGAAGAACAAUAUCUACAAGCCGCUGUUAGAGGCUUGCAGCCUUUUAGAAUAUCUUCUAGUAAAGGAGGAGUAGCUGCAGUAUUUUUAGGUAAAUACGUAUGGUAUGAAGAGUAUCCUACAACGCCUUCCUCGUUCAUACUCAAUGGAUUUAUAUAUUCUUUAAUCGGUUUGUACGAUCUGAAAAGCAUAGCUACGGGUAAGGAUGCGGAAGAGGCAUCCAGGCUUUUCAAUCAGGGUAUGACGUCUUUGAAAAACAUGUUAACGUUGUACGAUACAGGUUCUGGUACUACGUACGACUUACGUCAUUACACAUUAAAGACAGCCCCGAAUUUAGCUAGAUGGGAUUAUCAUUCCACUCAUGUUAAUCAGCUUCUUCUCUUAAACUCGAUUGACAGCGAUCCAAUUUUCACUACCACCGCUGAACGGUGGAUAGGGUACAUGAACGGUAAAAGAGCAGCACACAAUUAAAUUGUUUUGGUUUCUAACGAUCGACUGAUUUUUCUAGCAUUAUUAUUACUCAUGACAAUUUUCUAUCUGGUUUUCUCUUCCGCUUUUGUACAUUUUGUAAAUAAUUUUGAAUAGACACGGAAAUGGACCAAAGUAUGAUUAUUUGUGCACGUACUUAUUGUUGGAGGAUAAUUAGGAUCGAUUUUCCGAUACUUUAUGACGAUCAUAAUUUCUUCAAUUCUUGAAGAGAAAACUACUAUAUUCACCAUGGCAAAUUAUUUUUAGUUGAAGCUUAGUGCAUUGUUACAUUUAAAAUGAGCUUAUUUAAUCCGUAGG